GACGAGCCCUACUCCAACGACAGGCCACGUUUCCCGCGACAUCUUUCGUCAGAUACCCACUGCAGACUUCUAUAGAGCAACUUCAUCCGAGCCCCGCCCCCGCCGAAUACUACUGAGGACCGCGCGCAACAUGGCUGCCACCAACGGUCAAGGAUCGCAAGAUGAAGCCCGGCUGCCGGCGCCAAUUCUUGAAGCUCCUAAGCUGAGCGUCAAGUUGUCGGCGACCGAGCUGAUCGGCAAUACACCCCUCGUUCGCCUGAACAAGAUUCCGCAAUCCCUCGGGAUCGAAGCCGAGGUCUACGCCAAGGUUGAGCUCUUCAACGCUGGCGGGAGCGUCAAGGACAGGAUAGCGCUGCGCAUGAUUGAAGAGGCCGAGAGGAGUGGGAGAAUCAAGCCUGGUGACACCCUGAUUGAGCCCACCAGCGGCAAUACCGGCAUUGGCCUCGCUCUGGUCGGCGCGAUAAAAGGAUACAAGACGAUCAUUACCCUGCCCGAGAAGAUGUCCGCCGAGAAGGUGUCCGUCCUCCGUGCUCUCGGCGCUACCAUUAUCCGCACGCCCACCCAAGCAGCUUGGGACUCCCCCGAGAGCCACAUCGGUGUCGCAAAGCGGCUUCUCAAGGAAAUUCCCAAUUCCCAUAUCCUCGACCAGUACAGCAACGAGAACAACCCGCUCGCACACGAGUUCGGCACUGCGGAGGAGAUCUGGGCGCAGAGCGGCGGCAAGGUUACGGCUGUUGUCGCCGGGGCCGGCACUGGUGGCACCAUUACGGGUAUCGCCAGGGGCCUUAGGAAGCACGACAAGAACGUCAAGGUCAUUGCGGCGGACCCCCACGGCAGUAUUCUCGCCCUGCCUGAGUCCCUGAACGAGGAGAAGGCCAAUGUCCCGUACAAGGUGGAAGGCAUUGGCUACGACUUCGUCCCCGAUGUUCUAGACCGGGAGCUCGUGGACAAGUGGUACAAGACGGAUGAUGAGGAGUCAUUCCAUCUCGCCAGGCGUUUGAUUGCCGAGGAGGGCCUGCUGGUUGGCGGCUCCUCGGGCAGCGCGAUGGCGGCCAUGCUCAAGGCGGUGAAGGAUUUUGGCUUCGGCAAGGGCGACGUGAUCGUCGUUGUCCUCCCGGACAGCAUCCGCUCUUACCUGACCAAGUUUGCCGACGACGACUGGCUCGCCGCCAACGGCCUCUUGCCCGACGAUUCGGAGAAGGCUGACGGCAAAGACGAGGCGGCGCAGCCCAAGACCCUCGGCCAGUAUGCGGCCGACUCCUACGGCGGUGCCACCGUCCGCUCUCUCCGUCUCAAGCCCGUCACUUCAGUCCUCACUACCAGCCCCUGCUCGGAAGCGAUCGAGACGAUGCGCGACAAGGGCUUCGACCAGCUGCCCGUCCUCAGCCCCACGGGCGGCAAGCUCGCCGGUCUGGUGACGCUGGGCAACCUGCUUAGCUAUAUCUCGCGCGGCCGUGCCACGCCCCAGAGUCCCGUUCGCGACGUCAUGUUCGACUUUAGCCGCAUGGACGAGGUGGUAACGGACCCACGGAAGUUCGGAUCGGAUCUCAAGGGCAAGAAGCGCAAGUUUGUCGAGAUCACCAUGGACACUCCCUUGUCCGCGCUGAGCCGGUUCCUCGAGUGGAACAGCGCCGCGGUCGUGACGGAGAAGACCGAGGGCGGGGGGUCGAAGCCGGUGGCGGUCGUGACCAAGGUGGACCUGUUGACUUGGAUGGUGAGGCAAAAGUCGUGAUCGCCAAAAUGAUCCAGGCUAUUUUUCUUUCUUUCUUUUUUCUUUCUCUGUUUGCAUGAGCAUUUAAAGGUUGUUAGAAGAACGGGCGAAGAACCUUAGACUCAACAUCUGUGGUUGGUUUCGACUGCGCCGGACGUAGCAUGCAACAUUUAUCAGACAGGGCUCAACCCGUGCAAACGGGGAGGUCUCUUGAAGUUGAUACCCAUCGAUAGAUAGGCAUUGUCAUUAUCAUCUUACUCACAAAAUGGGACAAUGAUUUACACGAAGCGUUGUUGGCGAUGCAACCUUUGCCCGGCAGUCCGCAAAACCAACAAAAGUUCCCAACACCCCGCCUACUUUGCUUGAUUUUUUAAGCAUAAAUCCUCUCCCCGAUCCACUUCCACCACUUGUCCGCCCCGGGCCCCUCCCCGAGCACGUUGCCCCCGAUGACGUCGACCUCGAUGUCGAACUCGAGCAUCUCCUUGAAGUUGAACUUGUCGCUGCCGUAGGCGCCGAGCCACGAGUCGGCUUCCUCGCCGCCGCCGGGGCCGAGCAGGUCGCCGCCGUCCGCCUCGCCCGAGUCCAGGAGGCCCUUGCUCCUGGCCUUGCGGAUCCGCCCGAGCUCGGCUUCGAGCUGGCUCUUGACGAGCGCCGCCGGCAGCGCGGUGAACAGGUCCAGCUUGUUGGCCGCCACCAGGACGGGGAUGCUCGAAGGGGCGCGCGACCCGCCCCCGCGGCGGUGCCGCCUCUGCAGCGCCAGGAGCACCUCGUACAGGUACUCGGCCGCGGCGGCCAGCGCGGGGCCGUCGCUCCCCUCGGCGAGCGCGGCGGCGUCGACGAGGAAGACGAGCGCCUUGAGAGUGGACUUGCUGUUGUUCCCGUUGUUGUUGUUGUUGCUGUUUUGCUCGGCCGAUCCGGGCGCCGAUAGCGACGACAGCCGGAUGGUGCCCGUGCUCGAGACCGAGGCCAGCUGCGCCAGCGCGCUCGUGCGCAGCUUCGGGUGGCCCGGCGUGUCGAUCAGCAGGAACUUCUUGGCCGUCGCGCCCGCCGCGUCGAGGUCGACGCGGUAACUGACCAGGCCGCUGCCGCCGCUGCCGCUGCCGGCCGCGGCGCUCGUCCCGACGGCGAGCUCGACGGUGCAGGGCGUCUGGGAGGUGUGCGUCUGGGCGACGGGCUCCGCCACCGUCGGGCUAUUGGGGGAAGGAGAGAAGGCUUGGUCCGGGCGGUAGAACGGUCCGCGCUCGAAGAGGGUGAGCAGGGCGGUCUUGCCGGAGCCGGAAGGGCCGAGGAGCAGGACCGAAGGGAGGGUGGCGUAGGGCGUGGUGGCCGUGUAGAGGAAGUGGAGGAUGGCGGGGAUGAGGAGGACGAUGGCCAGCCCGACCGCGAUGACGGUCGGCGAAGGGGUCAGAGACGCCUCGAGGGCGGCCUUGAGGGUUUCGAGGACCGUCAUCGUGGGCCGCCGAUCGAUGGUAUGGUUUUGUUGGCGGAGAGCCAGAGCGAUGCUGAGGAGCGGAGGAUGAUAUACUCGGUAGUCGUCUAGUCAAAGUCGGUUUAUUCGAAUCUUCUCUUGUGCCGCCCGAGCUGCGAUUCUUAUAGUGCAACGCUGCUCACUCUGCGGUCGGCCGGGUCGUGCUUUGUCCGGCAGUCUAUUUAUCGGGCCAUUGUCAUU